AUGGCCCAGGACAAGAAGGCAGAGGAUGGGGGCCUGGCAACCUGCAUCCAGGGUGGGAGCCAGCAGCCAAAAGAGGCACUGGGGAGCCCAGGAGCCCAGGGACCGGCUGGACCAUGCAUCUGUCUCCAGGCGGGCUCCCCGGACCAGGAAGGUUUCUUCAACCUGCUGAGCCACGUGCAGGGCGGUCGCAUGGAGGAGCAGCGCUGCUCACUGCAGGCUGGGCCAGGCCAGGCGACCGAGAACCAGGGUGUUCCCUCGCCUGAGAUGGACAGCCUGAUGGACAUGCUGGCCAGCACCCAGGGCCGCCGCAUGGAUGACCAGCGUGUGAUGAUCAGUGCCCUGCCUGGCUUCCAGCCCGUGGGGCCCAAGGACGGGACACAGAAAAGAUCCGGGACUCUUAGCCCCCAACCUCUCCUCACUCCUCAGGACCCGACCGCUCUCAGCUUCCGCCGGAACAGCAGCCCCCAGCCGCAGACACAGGCCCCCUGA